AUGGUUCUUGGAGCCACGACUUCCACCACUGCAACCUUGGUAUGGGUAACGGGAACUAAUUCUCUAGGUGUUACAGUUACUACCGAAUCCAGAUUUACACAGUCAUUCUCCAGCUUUUACAUCGACGUUGCAAGCCCAUCGCUGGGAUCUGUUGGUGUACCAUCCUUAUCUGCCAAAGUGGGGGAGAUCAGAUCUUACUCGAUGCUUGAAGUCACCGCUACAAACGCCGCCGGUCUGUUAAAAACUCCCUUAAUUUCCAAUGAGAAGCCUGUGACUAGCAUAGGGCUUCUUGUUUUAUCAUUGCUCUGUUUAAUUUUCAUCUGA